UUUCCCCACAGCAGGCAGGAGGCAACUGCUGCAGAUAGCAUACAGUUUAGUUAGCUAACAAUGGUCUGUAAGAUAUUUAAUCAUUUUUAGAUAGCACAUGAUCAUCAUUCUGUAAGAAGAUACCUCGCAGAUACCUGUUUUCAGCCAGUGCCAAGAUGUUUGAGAAAGCAUUUCGUGUGAAGUCCAAUACAGUAAUUAAAGGAUCUGACAGGAGAAAGCUACGAGCUGAUAUCUCCGCGGCGUUUCCAUCCCUCUCGGCGGAUGAGCUGUCAGAACUCGUUCCCAACAAAGAUGAGUUGAAUGUGGUGAAAGUUUAUGCUCAUAAAGGAGAUGGCAUUACAUUUUAUGUACUCCACAAGAAUCCUAUCUUCUUCCAACUGGAGAAACAGAUUUACCCCACAGUGUACACCCUCUGGAGGUAUCCUGAUAUGCUCCCAGCGCUCAGAACCUGGCCAGCAGUUAUACAGAAAUUAAUUGGCGGUGCAGAUCUCAUGCUGCCUGGGGUUGUUGUUCCUCCGUCCGGUCUCCCUGAAGUUGCUCGUGGAGAUGUCUGUGCGAUUACUGUGGUUGGAAAUAGAGCGCCUGUUGCUGUGGGAACUGUUACCAUGUCCAACUCAGAGAUGGCAAGCAGUGGCAUGAAGGGCAAGGGAGUGAAUGUUCUCCACACCUACAUGGAUCAGCUAUGGGCAUUUGGCGAUAAGAGUGCUCCUCCUACCAUCGCUGCGCACGAUGACAAGGAUGUGGCGGAAAUGUUAGAGGAGGGUGGAGGUGAAGACGAGGAGGAGGAGGGAGAGCAGGAGAACGGUGAAGGAGAACCUCACCCCACCCCUGAGGGCAGUCGGCUGACGAAUGUCAACUCUACCUGUCCAAACAUCCAGCAACUAAGCCUAGCCGAGGGCGAGAAGGAGCAGGCCGAUGAGGAAGACGCAGGAGAAGAACUGGAGGACCAGGACUCCAGAUCUCCUCAAGAGCAGAUGGAUGAGUUACUCCUCCAGUGUUUCUUCCAUGCACUGAAAACCAAGGUGAAGAAAUCAGAGCUCCCCCUGUUGACCAGCACCUUCCUGCGGAUCCACAUGGUGUCCUGCUGCCCUAGUGGGAAGCAGCUUGACAUUAAGAAAUCUAGCUACAAAAAGCUGUCCAAGUUCCUGCAGUGCAUGCAGACGCAGUACCAGCUGGUGCAGGUGAAGGAGCUGAGUAAAGGCGUGGAGAGCAUCGUAGUGGUGGACUGGAAACACCGCGAACUGCGCUCGUUUGUUACCCCCGAGGAUUGUGGGCCAGUAGAGGCCCCAGCGGAGGCGGGGCCGGGGAGUGAGGCGCUGUACCAACCCCCUGAGAUCACUUUGAUGUAUAUGGUUACCGCACGCUUAGAGCCUCUCUUCCAAGAUGCACACAAAAGGAAAGGAGCAGCAUUGCAGCCCGCAGACGUGAGAACCAUCAUCACUGACUACGUCAAGAACAAUGAACUGGUUGAUGGGGUCAACAAAAACUUCGUCACUAUUAACCCAACUUUGUGUGACUGUUUGCUGGAGAAAUCCGAGUACAAUGAAAUCGAAAAGCUCAAAUGGGAUGAUCUCUUCACCAGAACGCUGGGCAAGAUGCAGCAGUGCCACCAGCUGCAGUUCCCCGGCCAGCGAGCAGUAGUGAAGAAGGGCGCUGUGGAGCCCAUCGAUAUCUCAGUGGCCUCCAGGGGCUCCAACAAGAAGGUCACCAUGGUAAAGAACCUGGAGGCGUUUGGACUGGACCCGGCGGCGGUGUCAGUGGCCCUUCAGCACCGAGUUCAGGCCAGCGCGGUGCUGCACAGCGUGCCCGGUGCCAAAGACCGCGUUCUAGUGCAGGUCCAGGGGAACCAGAUCACGCAAGUGGGCAAGCUGCUGCUAGAUGAAUACCACAUCCCUCGUAAAUAUAUCCAAGGACUAGAUAAAGCACCCAAGACUGGCAAGAAGAAGUAGAGCAGUCCACCAGCACAAUACCCACUCCAUCACUGCUGCCUAGCCACCUCUAGCACUCAUUUGGUUCACUACUGUCGACUCGGAGAGCCGCCCUACUCCGCGUUGGACCCUCACACUCACUUUACUGGUGUGUGUGUGUGUGUGUGUGUGUGUGUGUGUGUGUGUGGUGACAAAGUCAGUUGCAUAUGACGCAUCACAUUCAAUAAAGCACCUGUCGCUCUGGGAACAGA